AUGGAGCCUGAAUACUUGUAUGCUAUUGAAUCGGUACAAGACACGGAUUGGCCAAAGUUUUACGCCAUGCCUCAAGAUCGAUGGCCGGAUUCUCUCAAGGACUUGCUGCACGAGAACAAGGAUAAGUUUAUCGUCAAGGACAAUCAAGUAUACCGCUUGAUACUCAAUGGUGACCAAAUUGAGGAACGUCGUUUCGUACUAUUUGCUCGUCGAGCUGAUCUUGUUGCCGAUUUUCACUACUCGGUGGGACAUGCUGCCAAAGCAACGGUGACCGAUCUAAUGACAAAACGUUGGUGGUGGCCACACAUGAGAAAGGAUAUACAAGAAUGGCUUGCAGCUUGCCCUCAAUGCCAACUUGCCGCAAAUGCCGAUAGAAAAACUCAUCAUGCACCAAUGGUACCCUUGGACAUUCCACCUCCUUUUUCUCGCUGGCAUCUGGAUUUCAUUGGUGAACUUCCCACUACGGCUCGAGGAAACAAAUGGCUCUUGAUCGCGGUGGAUUAUGCAACAAAUUGGUGUUGUGCACGAGCUGUCCCUUUCGCUACUGGUGAUGCCAUCGCAGCUUUCAUACAUGAAGAGAUCGUCUUGAAGUUCGGUUGCAUGAAUGAGAUUUUGACGGACCGCGGUUCUAAUUUCAUGUCCAAUGCACUCGCUCAUUACCUGGGACGCAUGAAAAUCAAGCA